UCCAGCUCAUGUAUAGGCUGCUCUAUUCUCUCCCAAUCCCAGUAAUAAUAUUUCUGUUGCUUCUGUUCUUCAUCUAUUUCCACCCGUUCUUUUCAAAACACAGUAGUUCAAAAUUGAGCAAGCAGCCGAAGCAGCUUCCUAAAUCCUACCCAUUGUUUGGUUGCUUGUUCUCAUUAGCGCAAAAUAGGCACCGAGCAGUCCUGUGGACAUCAAAACUCUUCCAAAAAUCAUCUUUAUCAACCAUCACCCUUAAAGGGCCCUUUGGUAAAAAAUGCGUCUUGACAAGAAACCCCUCUAUUAUCAAGCAUAUCGUUAAGACACAUUUUCACAUUUAUCGCAAAGAUCCUAUCAUGCAAUUUGUUUUCUCAGACUUGUUAGGGGAUGGACUUUUACUUGUAGAUGGCGAGAAAUGGAAAACCCAAAGGCAUUUCCUCAGUCAUAUAUUCCACGCGGAUACAUUUCGUUAUCGAAUAAAAUCAGCCACCAUUAAAGAGCUCUCUGGCCGUCUUAUUCCUUUAUUCUCCAGUGCAACUAUAGAUAAAGCUACUCUAGACCUCCAGGACAUAUUUCAUCGGCUUACAUUUGACAUUCUAUGUCAGGUAGGUUUUAGCCAUGAUCCAGAAUACUUGUUACCAUCUCUCCCUAGGAAACCAUUAAUAGACGCUUUUGAAACUGCAAUAAAGAUCAGUAUGGGAAGGUUCACUUGCCCUUCUAUCUUGUGGAAAGCUAAAAAGCUUCUCAACAUUGGAUCUGAAGAGAAUCUCAGGUAUGCAGUUGAUGUACUCAGAGAAUAUUUAAAGAAGAGAAUCGCGGGAAAGGUGGAGAAGUUUUCGAUGCAAAGCACUUCCAUAGAUGAGGGAGGCGAUUUUCUUGACAGAUUUAUAACAAGGGCUCUCAAAUGCAAUGUAGUAGUCGAUGAGAAGUUUGUCAUAGAUACAGGUAUUAAUUUCAUCCUGGCUGGUGAUGACACGCUGUUUUCAGCUUUAAUAUGGUUCUUUUGGCUAGUCUCGAGUCAUCCACAAGUAGAAAACGAGAUUGUCAAAGAAAUCAAAGAGAAAAAUGAUGAUGAUUUGAAUGAAAUGGUGUAUACACAUGCUUCGAUUUGUGAAAGCAUGAGACUUUACCCACCAGUCCCCCUUGAAUUGAAGCAAGUGACCGAAGACGAUGUUUGGCCGGAUGGAACAAAGUUGAAAAAGGGAAUGAGCAUUUUUCUCCAUGUUCAUGCAAUGGGGAGAUCAACAGAAUUGUGGGGUUCAGAUUAUGAAAGUUUUCGGCCAGAGCGUUGGUUGGUGAAAAACCUCAGUACAGGAAAUUGGAAUUUUAUCCCAAGGGAUCCUUUCACAUAUCCGGUGUUUCAAGCAGGACCAAGGACUUGUCUUGGAAAAGAAAUUGCUUUCAUGCAAAUAAAGCUGGUGGCAGCUACUAUUUUAAAGAGGUUUCGGAUCGUUCCUUUAGACGGAUUUAGUCCUGUCUACAACUCGUCAUUGACAUCAAAGAUGAAAACUGAUUUUCCUGUACGAAUUAUACAACGUUGCUAGCUACUUUUUCAAUUAUAUAAUUGACAAUUGUAUGUAUAUUCAACAUUU